AUGCGACGCUCUUCUGCUUCCAAAAAGACGGGUCAAUCCAAUUCCACUUCCACCGCCGCCGAUCUCUUCCGCUCCGCUUCAAGCAAGGCAAGCACGAAGGAAUCUGAACGAAUUGAUAAUCUAUUUUAUUCAUAUGCUAAUGGGUCUACUGCGAUGAUUGACCCAGAGGGAAUUGAAACACUUUGUGCUGAUAUGGAGGUGGAUCAUACAGAUGUGAGGGUUUUGAUGCUUGCAUGGAAAAUGAAAGCUGAGGAGCAAGGGUAUUUUACCUUGGACGAGUGGAGGAGAGGCUUAAAAGCAUUAAGGGCCGAUACUGUAAGUAAAUUGAAGAAGGCACUUCCAGACCUAGAAAAAGAGGUCAGGAGGCCAUCAAACUUUGCAGAUUUCUAUUCAUAUGCUUUCCAAUAUUGUUUAACAGAGGAGAAACAGAAAAGCAUUGAUAUAGAGAGCAUUUGUGAGUUACUUACUCUUGUUUUGGGUUCAACGUUUCCGCCGCAAGUAAACUUAUUUGUGGAAUAUUUGAAGACUCAAAAUGAUUACAAGGUCAUAAACAUGGAUCAAUGGAUGGGAUUUUUCCGCUUUUGCAACGAGAUAAGUUUUCCAACCCUUAAUGACUAUGAUCCUGAGCUUGCAUGGCCCUUGAUCCUGGACAAUUUCGUUGAAUGGAUUAGAGAAAAGCAAAUAUAA